AUGCCACACAGGGCAGUCUACCUCGACGAUAAAGGCACAAGUAAAGUUCGUGUAGUGUUUGACGCAUCCGUGCAUGCGCCGGGUUUCGAAUCGCUUAAUGAACAAUUGCACUGCGGAGACAAUUUAAUUCCUGAUUUAUUACAAAUGUUAUUGAAUUUCCGUAUAGGUGCAAUAGGUGUAACUGCUGACAUCGAAAAGGCGUUUCUACAAAUAUCGAUAAACGACAACGAUCGCGACGUGCUGCGAUUCCUGUGGUAUAAAGAUCCAGUACCUGAAAACUUGACGUCAGCGAUGGAACAAUCAAACAUAACGACAUACCGCAUGAAGAGAGUAACGUUCGGGAUCAUUAGCAGUCCAUUCCUUUUGGCAGCAACAUUGCGUAAACAUUUCGAAGACCAGCCAGAAAAGUUACAAAACACAGCGUCAAUUUUGUCCAAGUCAUUUUACGUCGAUGAUUUAGUGACGGCAGCAAGUACCCUGGAUGAAGCUCAGAACUUAUAUAGCGAGUCAAUGCAGAUUCUGCAAGCUGCAAACAUGAAUUUAAGAAAGUGGCGCUCUAAUGAUGCAACAAUGAUGGCAGUGUUUCAAACAAAUGAAAAGGUAACCAGACAAGGUGAGCGAAAGGUGUUGGGCAUAUUGUGGCAUACAUUACAUGAUGAAUUAGGAGUAAGUGUACAGUCAGAGGAAGAAGACACAGUACCGACAAAGCGUAAAGUUCUGAAAACAGUAGCGAAAAUUUACGAUCCAUUAGGAUUACUUGGACCAUGCACAGUAAAAUCGAAAAUUCUACUGCAAACCUUGUGGAAGAAAAAACUGAAUUGGGAUGAUGUAUUAGACCCAGAACAAAGCGGAGAAUGGUCAAAAUGGUGCAAAGAACUAAAUGACUUGUCUGAGCUAAGAGUGCCCAGGUGUAUCAUUCAAAACAAAAGGGACAAGGUAGAUCUUCACAUUUUUGCAGACGCAAGUCCAUAUGCAUAUGGAGCAGUAGCUUACAUAAGAUGCCUAUCAAACAGCGAAUGCAACUAUGUGAUGUCAAAAAACAGAGUUGCUCCAAUAGACAAAUCAGGUCAAAGGGAACUUACAUUACCUAAGUUAGAACUGACAGCAGCUUUAUGUGCAGCGAGACUUCAAAAUUACAUUGCAAAAAAUAUGUUGAUCAAUAUCCAGAAGACGACUCUGUGGUCAGAUUCAAAGACAUCCUUAUAUUGGAUUAGAGGAAAAUCCAAGAAAUGGAAACCUUACGUACAAAAUCGUGUAAACGAAAUACACAAAUUGAGCGAUAGCGUAUGGAGAUAUUGCCCUGGAAAAGAAAAUCCUGCAGACCUAUUAACUAGAGGAAUUUCAGCCAAAACAUUAAUUGAUUCUAACUUAUGGUUGCGAGGCCCUAAAUGGCUGAAUGAUGAAGAGAAUUGGCCGAGCGAUGAAUAUUUUGAACCAGAUGUGGAUCAAGUUAGCAGUUUUUUAACUAUACAACGAAACGAAUCCACACCGGAAACACAGCCCAUAUUUCCAUUGGAAAAGUAUGGAAUAUAUGAGAAAAUUAUGCGAAUCACGGCUUAUGUUAUAAGAUUUAUUAAAUUAACAAAGAAGAUGUACAAAUCAAAGCGAUUAUCGACACAAGAUCUAAAUGAAGCAGACACUUAUUGGAUAAAAUAUAUACAAGAAAAGGAUUUUCCGAAUGAGUUGAAAGCUUUAAAAAGGGGAAUGCCGAUACAAUCAUCAUCUUCGAUUCUGAUGUUGAAACCAUUUCUAGAUGAGAAUGGUGUCAUGCGUUUAUUAGGAAGGUUAGAUGAAGCGCCUUUGAGCUAUGAUGAGAAACAUCCAAUCAUACUACCAAAACGAUCAAUGUUGACGGAAAAAAUUAUAAGGAAAUGUCAUGAGAGGGUAAAUCAUUAUGGAGUGAAUGCGACUUUAGCUGAACUAAGAAAGAGAUUUUGGGUUCCGCAAGGACGUCAGAAAGUUAAAGCAAUCCUUAACCAAUGUUUGAAAUGUAAACGAUUGAAAGGAAAACCUGGAAACGAAGAAUGUGCUCCACUACCAAAGACUCGCGUAACUAUGACAAAUCCAUUUAAUAUAACAGGCAUUGAUUUUGCUGGUCCACUAUACGCCAACGUCGCAGGUCAACGAACGAAAACAUAUAUAAUGUUAUUUACGUGUGCGGUUAUAAGAGCAGUCCAUCUGGAAUUGGUUCCAGAUUUGACAACUGAAUGUUGUAUAAGAGGGUUGAGAAGGUUCAUUGCCAGAAGGGGCGUUCCUGAUGUUGUAUACUCUGAUAAUGCCAAAACGUUUAAGAGAACAGACCUUGAAUUAAGAAAAUUAUCCGCUAUCUUGGAAUCAGAAAAGAUUCAGGAUUUAGUUAGAAAGCACCGAAUUCAUUGGAGGUUUAUAGCGGAAAGAGCUCCAUGGUGGGGUGGCUUUUGGGAGAGAAUGGUAAAAACCGUUAAAGACGCAUUAAAAAUAACUUUAGGUAGAGCAUACGUCGAACGAGACGAAUUAGAAACUAUUUUAAUAGAAAUCGAGGCGACAAUAAAUUCUCGUCCACUUACGUAUAUCAGUGAUGACUCAACAGAUUUGACUAUAUUAUCUCCUUCUCAUUUUUUGACUGGAAGGACUGAAGUAGGAUUUUGUAUGAAUUUAACCUCGAAGGAGAUAAGUAGAUCUGAAAUAUUGAAAAGGUGGAGAGAUAGAGAGAAAACGUUGAAAAGAUUUUGGGACAGGUGGCGUUCCGAUUAUUUACAACAAUUGCGGACAGCGCAUCUAAGAAAAUCGAUAAAUGCCAAAUCAUUGAAUAUUGGGGAUGUUGUUUUGGUGCAAGAAUUGGUGUGA